AGCACGCUUUUUCCGCAACCGAGUUCACUUCCUGAGGAUCUCGAUCAAACAGCGUCGGCACAACUUGUGGAUCUUUCUGAAGAGAGUGCGACACCUGACCAACUAGGAGGAAGAAUCCCAGCAGAACCAAUUCCUGGUGUCGAGGAAUCCGGAACUACAUUGUUCACGACCCCUGACAUCGAUCUGGGACCAACAAUCGCCUUGCAUCCCACUAAUCCAUUCCUGCAGGACUUGAAUGCACAACAAUCUCCCGAACCAAUACAGUACUAG